AUGGUGUUCUUUCUGACUCGUCGUGGUUCUCUUCUAGCAGAUCUCCACGAGCGGGUGGUGUUUCAGACACCGGGAAGGCAGGGUACCAUCAGUGGUCCCCCACCCCAGCUGGCUUUUGCUGCUGUCCAGGCUGAGCUAGAGCAGACUUCCAACAGGUCUGGUAGUAUUGUCGUUGUUGGAUUCCGUAGUAAAGCCAUAGAAGCGGGCAUCAAGCUCAGCCCUGAUGAGAGUGUCCGCACUGGCACUUGCCAGGCGCUGGGCAUAAUUGGAUCCGUGAUGGUUCAGCCUGAAAACAAAGUCUGUGGUGGCGUAUUGGCUUUACAGGCUGGUUCUGGUCAUCCACCCGACAGUCACAAUUGA